AUGACGACGCAGAUUCUACCGAUACGGUUCCAGGAACAUUUACAGCUUACAAAUGUGGGGAUCAACCAAGCCUCCGUGAGCUUCAACUCCCUCACGAUGGAGUCGGACAAAUUCAUUUGCGUCAAGGAGAAGAUGGGAGACACCUCGCAGGUGGUCAUCAUCGACAUGGCCGACCCCACGAACCCCAUCCGCCGGCCCAUCUCUGCAGACUCAGCCAUCAUGAACCCUGCAUCCAAGGUCAUUGCCCUGAAGGGGAAGGCUGGCGUUGAAGCCCAAAAGACUUUGCAAAUCUUCAACAUUGAAAUGAAGAGCAAAAUGAAGGCCCACACAAUGACAGAAGAUGUUAUUUUCUGGAAGUGGAUCUCAUUGAACACAUUGGCGCUUGUCACCGAGACUUCGGUUUUCCACUGGAGCAUGGAAGGUGAUUCAACCCCGCAGAAGGUCUUCGACCGCCAUUCAAGUUUGAAUGGUUGCCAGAUCAUCAAUUAUCGCACAGACCCCAAGCAACAAUGGCUGCUUCUCAUCGGAAUUUCGGCUCAGCAGAAUAGAGUAGUUGGAGCAAUGCAGCUCUAUUCAGUGGAGCGUAAAUGCUCACAGCCCAUUGAAGGUCAUGCUGCCUCCUUUGCCCAGUUCAAGAUGGAGGGCAAUGCAGAACUGUCCACCCUGUUUUGCUUUGCCGUGCGCACUGUUCAAGGAGGGAAGUUGCACAUCAUUGAAGUUGGUCAACCUCCAGCUGGAAACCAACCUUUCUCCAAGAAAGCUGUAGAUGUCUUUUUCCCACCUGAAGCUCAAAAUGAUUUCCCUGUUGCUAUGCAGGUGAGCUCAAAGUAUGAUGUCAUUUAUCUCAUCACCAAGUAUGGGUACAUUCACAUGUACGACAUUGAAUCUGCCACUUGCAUCUACAUGAACCGAAUUUCUGGCGAUACCAUCUUUGUUACUGCUCCUCAUGAAGCGUCUGGAGGGAUCAUUGGUGUCAACAGGAAAGGACAGGUUUUGUCAGUGUCAGUUGAGGAAGAUAAUAUCAUUCCAUACAUCAACACUGUGCUAAACAACCCUGACUUGGCCUUGAGAAUGGCAGUUCGAAACAACUUGGCUGGUGCUGAAGAUCUAUUUGUACGCAAAUUUAAUCAACUGUUCGCCAGUGGCAGCUAUACUGAUGCUGCUAAAGUAGCUGCCAAUGCUCCCAAGGGCAUUUUACGUACACCUGUAACCAUUGCCAAAUUCCAGCAAGUGCCUACUCCAGCUGGACAAACAUCCCCUCUUCUGCAAUACUUUGGCAUCCUCUUGGAUCAAGGCCAGCUCAACAAGUUCGAGUCUCUGGAGCUGUGUAGGCCUGUGCUGCAACAGGGCCGGAAGCAGUUGCUGGAGAAAUGGCUGAAAGAAGAUAAACUUGAGUGCUCUGAAGAAUUGGGAGAUCUUGUGAAGCAGGCAGAUCCUACUCUCGCCUUGUCUGUCUACCUACGUGCCAAUGUGCCAAACAAAGUCAUCCAGUGCUUCGCCGAAACUGGCCAGUUCAGCAAGAUUGUCUUGUAUGCCAAGAAAGUGGGCUACACCCCUGACUACGUCUUCUUGCUGCGCAAUGUGAUGAGAAUCAAUCCAGACCAUGGAGUGUCAUUUGCUCAGAUGCUUGUGCAGGAUGAUGAACCCCUCGCUGAUAUCAAUCAAAUUGUGGACAUCUUUAUGGAGCAGAACAUGGUACAACAGUGCACUGCAUUCCUGUUGGAUGCUCUGAAGAACAACCGUCCUGCUGAAGGCCCUCUUCAGACUCGCUUGUUGGAGAUGAACUUGGUUUCCGCACCCCAAGUUGCUGAUGCUAUUUUGGGCAAUCAGAUGUUCACUCAUUACGACAGAGCUCACAUUGCCCAGCUUUGUGAAAAAGCGGGACUUCUUCAGAGAGCCCUUGAGCACUACACCGACUUGUAUGACAUCAAGAGGGCAGUGGUUCACACGCACCUGCUCAGCCCUGAGUGGCUCGUCAAUUUCUUCGGCACUCUGUCUGUGGAAGACUCCCUUGAGUGCUUGAAGGCCAUGCUGACCAACAAUAUUAGACAGAACUUGCAGAUUUGUGUCCAAAUUGCUACCAAGUACCAUGAACAACUAACAACAAAGGCUUUAAUAGACCUCUUCGAAUCCUUCAAGAGCUAUGAGGGUCUGUUCUAUUUCCUUGGCUCCAUUGUUAAUUUCAGCCAAGAUCAAGAGGUGCAUUUCAAGUACAUCCAAGCUGCCUGCAAGACUGGUCAAAUUAAGGAAGUUGAGCGUAUCUGUCGAGAAUCAAACUGCUACAAUUCAGAAAGAGUGAAAAAUUUCCUGAAAGAAGCUAAGCUUACUGAUCAACUCCCGCUUAUCAUUGUUUGUGAUCGCUUUGACUUUGUUCAUGAUUUGGUCUUGUACCUUUACCGCAACAACCUCCAGAAGUACAUUGAAAUUUAUGUUCAGAAAGUGAACCCUUCAAGAUUGCCAGUUGUUAUCGGAGGCCUUUUGGAUGUUGACUGCUCAGAAGACAUCAUCAAAAAUCUUAUUCUUGUUGUCAGAGGUCAGUUCUCCACUGAUGAGUUGGUGGAAGAAGUGGAGAAGAGAAAUCGCCUGAAGCUGCUUCUGCCGUGGUUGGAGUCACGUGUCCAUGAAGGAUGUGUUGAGCCUGCCACUCACAAUGCUUUGGCCAAAAUUUACAUUGACAGCAACAACAAUCCUGAGAGAUUCCUCAAGGAGAAUCAGUAUUAUGACAGCAGAGUAGUUGGCAAGUACUGUGAGAAGCGUGAUCCGCAUCUUGCAUGUGUGGCGUAUGAACGGGGCCAAUGUGACAGAGAGCUCAUCAAUGUUUGUAAUGAGAACUCUCUGUUCAAGUCAGAAGCACGCUACCUUGUCAGGAGGCGUGAUGCUGAAUUGUGGGUUGAGGUUUUGAGUGAAAGCAAUCCUUUCAAGAGACCUCUCAUCGAUCAGGUGGUACAGACUGCCUUGUCUGAAACUCAAGAUCCUGAGGAUAUUUCUGUUACUGUGAAGGCUUUCAUGACUGCUGAUCUUCCCAACGAAUUGAUUGAGCUCUUGGAAAAGAUUGUUUUGGACAAUUCUGUCUUCAGUGAUCACAGAAACUUGCAGAACCUUCUUAUUCUGACUGCCAUCAAAGCAGACAGGUCAAGAGUGAUGGAAUAUAUCAACCGCUUGGACAACUAUGAUGCUCCUGAUAUUGCAAACAUUGCCAUUAACAACCAGUUGUAUGAAGAAGCUUUUGCUAUUUUCAAGAAGUUUGAUGUCAACACUUCUGCCAUUCAGGUCCUCAUUGAUCAUGUUGACAACUUGGACAGAGCUUAUGAAUUCGCUGAGCGUUGCAAUGAGCCUGCUGUUUGGAGUCAAUUGGCCAAGGCGCAACUUCAGAAGGGGCUGGUGAAGGAAGCCAUUGAUUCUUUCAUCAAGGCUGAUGAUCCCUCAGCAUACAUGGAUGUCGUUUCAACUGCUCACCGCACUGAGAACUGGGAAGAUCUGGUUCGCUACCUUCAAAUGGCUCGCAAGAAGGCAAGAGAAAGCUACAUUGAAUCGGAACUAAUUUAUGCUUAUGCCCGCACAAACAGACUGGCUGAUUUGGAAGAGUUCAUCUCUGGUCCUAACCACGCUGAUAUUCAGAAGAUUGGUGACAGGUGUUUCGAUGAUAAGAUGUAUGAUGCUGCCAAACUUCUAUAUAACAACGUCUCUAACUUUGCUCGUCUUGCUAUCACCCUAGUGCAUUUGAAGGAAUUCCAGGGUGCCGUUGAUGGUGCUCGUAAGGCAAACAGCACUCGCACAUGGAAAGAGGUAUGUUUUGCCUGUGUAGACAGUGAAGAAUUCCGCCUUGCCCAAAUGUGUGGGUUGCACAUUGUUGUACAUGCAGAUGAAUUGGAAGACUUAAUCAACUAUUAUCAAGAUCGUGGAUACUUCGAAGAGCUCAUUAACCUGUUGGAGGCUGCCUUGGGAUUGGAGCGAGCCCAUAUGGGAAUGUUCACUGAACUGGCCAUUUUGUACUCUAAGUACAAACCUGCCAAGAUGAGGGAACAUUUGGAGCUUUUCUGGUCACGAGUGAAUAUCCCCAAAGUUCUGCGAGCUGCUGAACAGGCUCAUUUGUGGGCUGAGUUGGUAUUCCUAUACGAUAAGUAUGAAGAAUAUGACAACGCUGUGUUGGCUAUGAUGACCCACCCCACAGAAGCAUGGCGUGAAGGCCACUUCAAAGACAUUAUCACUAAGGUUGCCAAUAUUGAACUGUAUUACAAGGCCAUUCAGUUCUACAUGGAUUACAAGCCAUUGUUGCUGAAUGAUAUGCUGCUUGUAUUAGCUCCACGAAUGGAUCAUACUCGAGCUGUUAACUUCUUCACCAAAACUAAACACCUUCAAUUAGUGAAACCCUAUCUUCGAUCAGUGCAAUCGCUUAACAACAAAGCAAUAAAUGAAGCUCUUAACAACCUCCUCAUUGAGGAAGAAGACUACCAAGGAUUACGCACAUCAAUUGAUGCCUUUGAUAACUUUGACAACAUCGCCUUAGCCCAAAAAUUGGAAAAGCAUGAACUAACGGAGUUCCGCAGGAUUGCUGCUUACUUGUACAAGGGAAACAACAGAUGGAAGCAGAGUGUGGAGCUUUGCAAGAAGGACCGUCUUUAUAAGGAUGCAAUGGAAUAUGCUGCAGAAUCCAAAAAUCCAGAGCUUGCAGAAGAGUUGCUCGCAUGGUUCCUGGAGAAGGGAUCAUUUGAUUGCUUUGCUGCAUGUUUAUUCCAAUGCUACGACUUGUUGCAUCCAGAUGUCAUCUUGGAACUUGCAUGGAGACACAACAUUAUGGACUUCGCCAUGCCUUAUCUCAUACAGGUUGUGAGAGAGUACAUUACUAAAGUUGACAAACUGGAAGAAGCAGAAUCACAAAGAGAAACGGAGACAUCAGAGCAUGAGCACAAACCUAUGAUGAUUCAGGAAGCACAGCUCAUGCUGACUGCGGGUCCUGGGAUGAUGCCAGCUUAUAGCCCAGCAUACAAUGCUGGUUACACUCCAGGCAUGCCCUACCAGGGCUAUGGCAUGUGAACUAAAUGAAUGGAGCUUUAAAACUCCGCUGCCUGUGAUGGCUCUGUCCUUGACUUAGUUGGUAUAAAUGCUAUAUAUUGUAUAUUUGUGGUUGCAAAGCAAACCUAUAUAAAUCUGACAAUAUUGUCCUAUAUCUGUUCUAAAAGCUCCAAUGAAUAUUUUUCUGGUUACUUUUUUCUUUUCCAUCCCUCUAGAUGGUAGUGGAUAUGAACAAAAGUAAUCUGGUGUUUCAUUCCAGAUGUUGUAGCAUGGUGUAUGUGAGAUCUUAAUUUUAAGAGGCUGAUUGUGGCUAAUCAAAUCCUUCUGUUUGUGCGAUGUUUACCCCUCCCCUUUUUAAUGUAAAUUGUUUUGAAUUCUUUUGCACGCUUCAAUCAUCUUUUCGUGUCUGUUCAUGGUGAUAGAAAAUGGUGAACAUGUUCACGAUGUUUUUAAGUACAUAUAUUAAAAUUUCUUAACUGUUUAUAUCAAAUAGCCUGUUCUGUCUGCACCAAAUGACUUGUUUUAAUCUGAAAAUUGCUUAUAAGUGCUCAUCUAUUUUUACUUUUGCAUUUUGUUCUUGUCUAGACAGUCUUUGUUAUUUAUUUGUUACAUUGCCUUAGAAAUGGUACAUUGUAAAGAGAUUCAAAUUUAUGAAAGGCUUGUAAUGUCAUUAGAUGGUAAGCGGUUUAUAUGCAUGUGCUCUCAUUUUAUUUAGCACUUCAGUAAAGAGUGGAAAUUAUUUUUAACGUUGUUUUUAACAGAAUUCAGUGUUCUGUUAUGUUGUUGGCCCAUUGUUGUAGAUAUCCGUACUAUAUUGUAUGUAAUCCAGUGCUACUUAUUGACUUUACUUUUGCGUCAAAUGUGUGCUGCUCCUGUGUCUGUUGUGAUCAAUAUGACAGUUACUUCUCAUUGCAAAUGAUUUCAGCACUAGAGAUGUAUAAAAAGAAAAAAAGAGUAUUGUAUUGUCCGACUGUAUCAAUAAACUUUACAGAGUAUUGUCGACCAAA